UGGUUCCUGUCGCCAACCACAGUGGGUAUCGCCUUGUUUGGAAUGCUGUCGAACCUGUAGUGUUCCUGUUCAGUCGGUGUUUAUUUUCUUAACGUUUGAGGCAGUCACAGUGAAGGAAGAGCCCUGUCACAAGCAAAAAGAUGAUGUCCAUUACGUUCCUUGCGUUAUUUGCUUUGAUGCCAUAUGUAGCCCUUGGUCAGUCAUCGCGGCUUGAAUGGGCACCGGAGGACAUGUACAACCCAAUAGAUGAGCCCGUAAAUUGUGGCCUUCGUAAGAAUGAACCCAGCUACAUUUGUGAUCCAAACAAAAUCCUUGGGGAGCAUGUGAACAGUUUCAACUGGAUUCUGCGCGAUGCGGCGUACAACAGCACCAAAUGUCCUUGCAGCAACUACUACUGUGAAACUGAGAGGGGACCGACUGGCUACCGCAUCAGCAUUGCAAUUGUCAAGAAGAUGAAAAUUCAGACAAACAUUGACGGUCGUCGCAAUAGCCCAGAGGACCAGGCCCAGCUGUUUGCUUACAGGCUGGAAAACAGUAAAUGGAACUUUGGUCGCUGUGAGGAGGAUAUCGUCAUCUUUUACUCUCAUGAUGACAAGAUGUUGGCUAUGUAUGGUGGCUCUACAGCUCUGAAGAAACUUACCCCUUACUACAGACAGCUCUUGGCUUACAAGGUUGGGCAACGCUUUAACGAGGGCCAUAUUGUGGAGGCUUUCAAUAACCUUCUUGUGGAUCUCAAGUUGGUUUUGAACUGUGAGUCGGAAAGCCAUGAUUGCAACUUGCAUCAGAUCCGUGAUGGUGCUGGAUUUAUCUCUGUGUCCAUGGCAGUCCUCUCAAUGAGCGUCGUCAUGACAGUCUACAACAGUAUCUGGUCAUAAGAGUUCACGAUUCAAAUAUACAGCUUGAAACCACAUGAUUAUACCCAGUCUAGCUCCAUCAUUUCAUUUCCAUAAAGAAAUUUUUGGGUCCUUUCUUGUCUUUGAUGCUCGACAUGGCCAGUAAACCUGAAUUAAUUGGAGCAUUUGUUUUAAAACACAGGUUGGUACACAUUAUGCUCAACAUGGGAAUAUAUGUAGCCUGCUUCUAAACACAGCUGUUAUGGUUUUCAUGCCAUAGUUGUGAUAAGAGAGAAAGGAGUAGAACUUUCUUGUAUGAGAACAGCGAGCAAAUAUUUUAUGUUCCAUUUUCGAUCACCAUGACAAUGUUUCAGUCUUUUUAUUUAUGGUGAACCUUUAAGUGUUCUCUGGACAAAAACGCCCUCUUUCAAUUGUUUGUUGGUGCUGACAAGGUAUGAUCAUGUGAGAUUCAACCAAACCCUCUUUCACUGAGUUUAAUGUUCCAGUUAUGGUAGAAGAGGAAAAUAAAGAGCAUUCAAAAGGCUUUUAAGGAAAUAGCACUUUUUUUUUUGGUUUAAGUGUGCUAACAUGGUUGUGAAUUAGAGGUGCUUCCUUUUUUUUUCUUCAGAUUUUCUGAAAUAUGAAAUGCAGUGGAUAUUAUAAAUUUUAAGAUAGCAAAUUAUGCCCCUUCUUUUCUACACUUCAUCAACAGCAUUUCCCUUUUGUUAUUGAUCCGGUAAAUAUUGGAAAUGCGGAUUUAUAUUGAUGUUACCCCUAACUAAAGUUGGCAACAGUUUUUUAACUUUCUUGACAUAGCCUACUUUUAAGAAUCACUUGAUAUGAUUGUAUGCUUUUCUAUGAGGGCUUCCUGUUAGCUUAAAAUGAAAAAGUGAUUGAGGGAAAAAGCUCUUCAAGGGUACUAGGCACUGCUUUUUGAGACCGCAGUUGGCAAACUUUUACAAUGUUGAUGAUUUUCUGAGAAAUAAGAGAAGUUUAUGAAGCAUUAUUAAAAUCAAGAGCAGUGAGUCAAGUAUAUUUCAAUACUUUAUACUGAAAAAAAAAAAUUCUUAUUCUGACUAGCAUGUCAGAUCCCUCCCUGUUCAGGCAGCUUUGUGCUGUUUCAAAAGAUGCUUAUGAUUAUAAAACGUAUUAAUGAGACAAGUUUCUGUUUUGGGUGGACUCUAAUUUAGAAUUUUUAGUCGGCUACUUAGCCUGGGAAGGCAAGGUCCUUCUAGACUUAAAUGACUGCUGCGAUGCCAUUGCAAUGUGCAGUAUACCGGACUUUUAAGAUUUUGUGCUUUUGCCAAUUGAAAGGAAGAAGCAAGGCUGUUUCACUGAGAGGAGGGCACCCCAAUAGCUCAGUUUGCAUCAUGCUGGGUGACGGUGGUUCAAAUCCUCAACAGGGCAUUCUUGAACUUCCCUUGUUCGGGGAGUUUUCAAUGCUCUCCAGCCUCUUGUCUCAGUCCUAUUAAAGAUGGACACAAUUUAGAGGAUAUGCUCCUUUAUUCAAGCAUGUGAGAUGGGGGUUUCCUAUGGUUUCUUUUAUAUUUUUCGUUGUCAGUGGCCAAACGGUUGGUGUUGAUGUUUUUUGCCCCUGUUAAUUUACUCUUACCAAAGGAGAUUGAAUGAUGAAUUUGUCAUAAAAAAGAUUGUGCAGUCCCUGUUUUUCGAAUUAUUUUUGUGCUCUUCUAGAAAGAGAAUCACUCAUACUGAUUUUAAUGUUUUUUUAUGUGAUUGAUAUUUUGAAGGGAAAUACUUAAAAGUUUCAUUUGUUUAUAAAUGGAUGUUUUCAAGAACAACGGAUGCAAGCAGUGCCAGCUAGGUGCCUUAAUGAGCAUUUUCUAAAUUUUCCAUUAACACAGGGAAUGAUUUCUUUGUUUGUGACCAGCACUCCUCCUUCUGUGAAGUGAAAAUGACCCCUCACCUUUUCAUUUUGGGGUGAUUUGAGUCACUAUGUGUUGUGUAUCGUAGGUACAGUGAAACCCCAUUAAAAUGUGGCCUGUGAAGUUGAAGGGGAAAAAAGCAACAACUUUCCGAGCAGUUCAAUUGUACAUUUUUACUUUUAACUCUUUGUUCAAAGUCAUUCAAAUCUUUUAGAGAGUAAAACCAUAAAGAUUUUGGUAUUUUACUUUAUUUGAUCAUUUUUUUUGUUUGUAUCCACAAACUGCCUUCCUUAUUUUCUACAUUCUUUCCGCCUACCUUACCCUGGGUGAGAGCUGCUAGUAGGUUUUGAUUCUCUUUCUGUUUUGUUUUCUCGCACUAAAUGACUGUUGUCAUGUCAGUGUGCAUCUCCUUUUACUUGUGUCUCUUAACCCACUCUCGCCAUAACACCAGUGCAAUCUCCGUUCCCUUUGAACUUAGCAGAGUUACCUCAUUUCUGGCUCAUCGCAUACUCAGGAGUAGUGGAGAGGGUUUCAGCUACAAGGUGUAAGCAUCAUGAUAUGAUCCAGAGUACAACAAAUAGGUCAACUUCGUUUAAUCAUACUUUUUAUCACCUUGAGACAGGGUAUUUUACUGCAUAGAACAAUGUCAUAUGUAAAGCAUUUUUCUUCCAAGGCUGUGAUUUGACCUUCCAAAAGUCUUUUGAAAUGUGCCCCCACCCCCCUCCCCCCUCUAGGCUGAGAAGUUUUAGCACUCCUGGUAUAGGUUAAAGUUAAAGUGAUAUAGACAAAUAUUUAAAGUUCACAUUCCAAAAAUAUAUUUAGCAGGGGGCCUCCUGUGUUAUUUGUAUUUGCUUAGGGAUGCAGUGUAAUGAGGUUUCACUGUAUUUUGCAAGUUAUUUGUUACUGAAUGUGUAGUAUGUGAAAUAUUUAUCGACUUGACAAUACCACCUGUGGCGUGUGGGAUGUAUAUGGUGUUUGGAAUUCUGUCUUCUGUCUACUGUUUCUUGAUAUAGGUAUUUCUACAAGGUGCUAUGCUAAGCUUACUUUUAAGCUGAUAAAGAUCUGAAUACUUUACUGUAUAUUAUGUUUGCUGAUUUGUACAUUUAUAACCACAUUCUCAUAACAGUCUCAUGUAUUUAUAUUGAAUUUAUAUCACGAGUGUGUGGAUUGGGUUUGUAAGACUGCUUGUUGUAGUGCUCAUAGAGUCGUUUGUGAUAUGUACCUAGCAUUGAGAAUGUAUAGUUGAUUUCUUGCGCAUUUAUAUAGGGGCUACCGAUUUUUCUAGUAAGGUGUUGUGAAUGGAUUUCACUUUUUUACUCCUCAUCUUUUAUUUCUGUCUUUUCUGUCUCUCUGUCUCUCUUUCAUCAAAAGGAACACUUUACCUCCUGAUCCAAGUCCUUAUCCAGGUGUUCUUAGACUUUUGAUUUUCAUGAUUCUCCACACCGGUGUCUGUAUUUUGACUGUUUUGAACUUCAAUAUGCAGCACACAGGAGAUGUGAGUUUGAUUCCCUUUUUGAGAACAUUUUUAUAAAGUGUUUUCGUUGUGCUGGGAUGUUUUAUCCCUCUCAGCUGGUGUUGGUCCUGUCAGGCAGGGUGCCUCCUAAAUGGUAUAAAUUGUAUGCCCCCGCCCAAGGAGAAUAUCGAGCAUCAAUGUAUAGAAUACCAUUCAUUAGUCAUACUUUAAACUUACAGAGUCCUUGUUGGUGUUAUGUGGAAGUAAAUGAUGACAUUGUCAUCAACCGGUGACACCAGCUACUUGUCAACACAGGACUGGCUCACUGGCCAGUUCCAUGGGCCAUUGGGAGACAAUGGGUGAAAUGAACUUAGCAUUGAAAGGGGCGUUAGAUCGAUGCCAAAUCCAAUUUCUCUCAAAAAGUGAAAUCAUCUCUCGAGUCUAUGCAUUUCCUAUGAACUAAAAUACUCAGUAUAGCUAUGCAUGUGUUACUUUAUUCUGCAAGUUAGUUUUUAAAAACCUGAUUUCACUGUAAUGUAUUAGCCAAACAUUAUUUCCCUAGGUGUUCCAAUGUUACUGUUGACACCACUUGUUUGUUUGUGAUAGUGAUACGUUAAACUAUCAUGACAUUGUUUGCUCAUCAAAAGGCCUGUGCGAUUCAUCAAAGUUGUGAAGAUGGAUGGAUCUGUAUCAUCAAUUAUUUUUAUUUAAUUGAUUAAAACUAAUGAAUUAAUUAAUCCCAUUUAAAUGUAUUACGGUAAAAUUAUUUUAUAGUACCCUUACUUAACAUUAAAGGGGGCAUAUUUUUAAAGGUACGGGAGCCUGAAAACAACUUAGGUACCAGGUAGAUACCCAUCUUAUGUGGGCUUGCAAAUUCUUACAAAUUUGCCUGAAUUGCCAUAUCUUUAUAAAGGUCUUUCUGUAAUAUUUUUAACCUAAUAAUGUUACUUUAAGUAAGUUAAUAUCAACAUAAUAUAAGUAAGUAAAUUUUGGCAGAAAAAUAUGUGCCCAAAUUUUUCAGAAACACUUUUCAGGUGCUAAAAUUCUUUCUUGACAGGAUGAAGCCAGUACUUUUGUCAUUUUUCAACCUGUUGUUCUAAGAGAAUCAUACUUAUGUCAGAUUGAGAGAGCAAGAUUCAUACCCACCACAUGCACUUAUAUAUAUUUAUGUGUUUCCAUUUCUUAUUCCCUUUAGUGUAUCGGUUUUCUGUGCUUAGUUUCUAACUCAGUGUGCAUGCUACUGUGUCAAGGAUGUAUUUUAGAACAAAUAAAACUGAAAUGAACCAAUCAAAUUUUUUAUCAUGCAUCCCCAAGGCCAAGUGUUGAAUUUUAGUGUUUUCUGAAAUCUGUGACCUCCCCAAAAAAAAUUGAUUUGAAGACUAAAGAAUAAAAAAGACUGGAUGUAUUGUUGUUUUAUGGUUAAAUUUCAGGAAUAUUAUAUAAUGGUAUUCUCCUCAACUCGCUUUCUCAGCAUGCAAAAAAUAUUAAAAAGAAUGAUACUA